GGCGGCCGGGCUAUGGCGGCGCCGCGCUGGAGCUCGGACACGGGCACCGCCGUUUACCGCUCCCGCGACCCCGUGCGCAACCUGCGCCUCCGGGUCCGCAUCCAGCGGGUCACGUCGGCGGGACCCCUCCUGCCUCAGGCCCCGCCGCUGCUCGCCGGCCCGCGCGGCUCCGAGCUCCUGGGCCUGACCGAGCGGGCACGGCGGCCCUCGGGCGAGGAGGAAGAGGAGGCCGAGGUGGGGUGGCAGGAGAAGCUUUUCAGCCAGUUUGAGGUGGAUCUGUACCAAAAUGCAUCAGCCUGCCAGACUCCCCUGGACCGGCAGUACCACGAGGACAUCCUGAAACUGGAGAAGGCAGGAGGUCGGAAGAACUGCCGCAUCUUCACCUACACCGACCAUGACCGAUUCACCAACCUGGAGGAGCACUGCCAGAAGUUAACUGACUCAGAUCAUGAAGUGCCAUCGUAUCUGGCAGAGAGGAUGGCCAAUGUGAGGAGGAGAAGACAAGACCGUAAGCCAAUAGAAACCAGUUCUCUGAAGUCAAAAAUCAUCACCUGGGAGCCCUCAGAUGAAUUUAUAAAGAACAAUCACGUGAUUAACACUCCUGUCCAGACCAUGUACAUCAUGGGGGACUUGGGACCUUAUGGGAAGCUUGGUCACAGGGAGUAUGAACAUGUUCUUUGCACCAUCAAGGUGGACAGCAAUGGGGUGAUCACAGUGAAGCCUGACUUUAAUGGCACCAAAGGACCCUACCGGAUUGAGCUGGAUGGAGAGAAGCGAGAGGUGUGGAAAUACACCAUCGAGAAUGUGUCCGCGCAAAUGCGGCCGGAGGAGGCGGAACGCGAGCAGCAGAUGUUCAGAGAUCUCUACGCUCGGCACAAGGAGUACCUCAGUGGUCUUGUAGGCUCAGAGUUUGAAAUGACUCUGCCUGGCACACUGCGCCUCAUGGUGAAUGGAGAGAUUGUUUCAGCUCAAGGCUAUGAGUAUGACAACCUCUAUGUUCAUUUCUUCGUGGAGCUGCCUGCCCAGUGGUCAAGCCCUGCAUUCCAGCAGCUCUCAGGAGUGACACAGACCUGUGCCACCAAGGCUGUGGGCUGGGAGAAUGUGGCAUAUUUCUGCUACCUCUUCACUUUGGAGAUGUUUUUCACCCAAGGAGAUGAAUCAGAAGGCAGUCUCCCUCAGUGGCCUGUGCUCUACUUUGAGGUCCUGUCCCUGGAUUCCUGGCAGAGGUAUCGUGUUGAAGGAUAUGGUUCUCUGGUGCUGCCAGCAUCUCCAGGUCUCCAUGAGCUCACCAUCUCUACCUGGCGCCCUGUGGAGCUGGGGACAGUAGCUGAGCUCAGAAGGUUUUUCAUUGGUGGAUCUCCUGAGCUGGAGGACCUCACCUACGUCAGGAUACCAUCAACCUUCAAGGGAGCGCGUCUGAGCCGCCUCGGGUUCCGCACGGAGACGACCGGGAGCGUCACCUUCCGCCUGCACUGCCUGCAGCAGUCCAAAGCCUUUCUGGAAACCAGUGCCCUGAGGCAGCGCAUGCAGAGCGUCCUGGACCGUCUCGGAGGCUUCAGCCAGCAGAGCUCUGUCUACAGCGUUUUGGAGGCCUUCCAGAGGGCACGGCGCCGGAUGCAGGAAGCACGCAAGAGCCUUCCUCAAGACCUCAUCAGCACCGCUGCCUCCACUGUGCACCAGUCCCAGGAGCCAUGAUCAACCACCUACACUGCCUGGGAGCACUUGGCAUCUUUCUCUCCCACCCAAGCUCAACAGGAGUCACAGUGCUGGUGUCUGGAAGCUUAUGAAGCCCUUCCUUGUCGUUUUCCCUGGCAGGGGUCAGGAGCCUGUAGCACCUCCAGGCCUGGAAUCUGCAUUUCCAUGGGUGCCUGUGGCAGGAGCCCCAGUUUUUUUCAAGGCUGUUUGUUACCAGGCCCUAACAAUACAGGCAACUGUUCACAUUUCUGCUGAGCAGACUCAAAUGCUGACAUGGGACCUGUGAACCCUUUAACACCUUUUCAGGAACUUGAAUAGUAAAUGAUUAGAAGCAUUUCAAGUCUACAUGACUUACUAAAUGUAGUUUUCUUCUUAAAGAAGAGGGUGGUGUUGAAGGUCAAGGCAUGAAUGCUGUUGGAAAUGUAGUGAAAUGAGCAGACACCUUCUUGAGAAGUGCUGAUCAUCAUCAUCAACAUUUGCAGCUAUAGGGCAAUCAAUAUUAAAAUGAA